AUGGCGGCGCCUCAUCAUGCAAGCCCAGCCCAACCGCUACCAUUUCUGGCGCCGCUCGUCGCCCUACUCUUCCUCGUGGCGGCGACCACCACGGCAACCGCAGCCGCAGACGGUGUCCCCGUCGGCAACGGCGGCAUGAUGCACCUCCACUUCUACUUCCACGAGAUAUACACCGCCGGGCCGAACGGCACGACGGCGGCGGUGGCGUCCCCGCCGGCGGGCGCCGGCGGCUCGUCCUUCGGGUUCGGUUCCGUGAGCGUGGUCGACGACAUGCUCCUCGAGGGCGCCGACCCGGCGUCCCGCCUCAUCGGUCGCGCGCAGGAUCUCACCGACGCGGCCUCGCUCUCGGAGGGCGCCAUCCGAAGGCAUCCGAAGCGAAGGAUCAAGCAAAAAAAGAGGAAAACCGGCGAGUCAUCUUCUGUUCCCAAAGCAGCUGAAAUGUUUGGCAUGAGUACCUCCAUCCCACAAGCACAAGAGGAGCCAGCUGAGACUCACGCCGAUGCCUUUGAUGAUUUUCUUGACAUCCGAGGCGAUCUUCCAAGUCCUCAAAAGGAGUUAACUGAAGACAUAACCCACCCAGCUCUCAUAAGGCGGCUGAAGACGCGAUACCUGAGCCGGAUUUAG